UAUACUAUAACACACACAAAAAUAAGUAUCUUAAGCACGUAGGAUUCCGACAGAGUUUCAUGGUGUUUGGACACUUUGUAUAUACAGUGUUGGAGGUUGUGCUCAAGUAUACAGGUGUGGGAUUGUCGCUUCUUCCUUUGUUCGUACGUGCAGGUGUUUGCACGUAUAUAUAUGUAUGCGUGUGUGUGUGUAUGGUAGAUGUUGCCAUGUUGGAAUCCAACAUAUCUGGAAUUACUUGAUGAGUCAGGAUGAUGGAAAAAAUGAAAGAGAGGUUGGAGAAGAUAAAGAGGACGAUGAGGCAAAAUAAAGCAAAGCUUCAUAUCAUCAGAAUUUGCAUCACUAUGCUUCUUUCUUCCGAUGAUAACUCUUAG